CUACCGAACGGGACAGUCGUACACACAUCGCUCUCUCUCUUGCUUGCUCUCUGCGAUAGACAAUCAACUAAAGUUCGCUUCUGUUUUGUUUUUUUCUACAUGGAACAAAUAGCUCUCUGUUAAGUGAAGCAUCUUUCGAUGAGAGGAAAAACAAAUUUAUAAUAUCGAAUUGUGGGUCAUUUUUUUAAACUCAAUCUUGUUGUGUGAAAUAGUGCGCUAGUUGGCCGUUCCAAAAGAAAAAGGUUCUGAAAUUCAUCCGACAAAAGGAAGAAGACAAAGUGCUAUUUCUUCGGCUAAGUUAAUGAAGGUUGUUUCUUGUUUCUUUCUCUCUCCUCUUUUUUUUUUGUGCGUACACCUCUAAGUCUUCUUCGUUCCAGCAUCUCUUAAAGUGGAAUUCUCUCACCGAGAGGGGGGAACACACAAAAUAUCAAAGGGAGGAGCUUUCCAUGAGAAGAGUCAUCAAUGCGAACGUAUACAAUUAAGUGGCCGCGGAAAUAGUUUCCUCCCCAUUUCUCUAUUUCGUUUUUGCAAAAAAAGAGACAAAGAAUAAAAAAAAAAAAAGUGAAAAUUCUUGAAGGUGCCGACCGAUGGGAGAAGAUCCCCCGCUGCGACAAUGGCUACUCACCACCUGAACAUUUCCAGUCGCUAAAAGGAAACUGCACCAAAGCAGAAAUUCAUCCCCCCGAAGAAGAAUAAUAAAGUGCUGGAACAUCGCUCUCUUUUUUUCUGCAAUAAGUUCCCUAAACGGUGGGGUAUACGAAGAGAGAGAGAAGUAAAUUGACAUAGACAUCGCCACCUUUUUUUGUGUGUGGGGAUCCAUAUCGCUCCCCUUCUUUUGAUUUUGAAACAAAAAACAGCUCCAGUGGGACUCUCUAGUGAAUCUCACCUCGUUUUCACAUAUUUUUCCAGUCGGAAAUAAAAAAAAGAAGAAAUUCCGAAAGAAGCUGAACAACAUCAACAGAAGAUUCACCUGUGAAGGCAGGCGAAUAAAUCAGACGUAGAAACACGAAAGAGAAACAAAGAAGAAUGCCAAGUUCAACGUUGCAGCUGAUUCAGGCCAGCGAGCCGAAAUACAUGGGCCAAAUAUUAGCGACGCUGGCCGUGUCGUUGGGUCCGUUCGCUGCUGGAUUGGGUAAAGGUUACAGUUCGCCCGCACUUGCGUCGCUGCAGAGCCUCAAUGCCGUUCAUCAACAUCAUCACCAACAUCAGAGGGGCCAUUGGGGCGGAGGUGGGAACAGUUCGGCCCCGAUUCGAGCCAUGGCCGGCGGCGGAUUUAGCGUUUCCAACCAGGAAGGCUCGUGGAUCGCCAGUUUGUCGCUUCUGGGCGCCUUGUUCGGCGGCCCGCUGGGCGGUGUGGCCAUGCGCUACGGACGGAAACGGACCCUGCUGGCCAUCGCCAUCCCAUUCUCCUUCUUCUGGCUCCUCACCGUCUUCGCUAAUAGCGUCGCCAUGAUGUACGUCACGGCCUUUGGCUGCGGAUUCUGCUCCGCCAUCGUCCUACUCGUCUCGCACGUCUACAUCAGCGAGAUCGCCUCGCCGGAGAUCAGAGGCGGGCUCUGCGCCCUGGCCAAAAUGGCCAGUCACGUCGGACUGCUCGUCAGUUUCAGUCUGGGCGCUUAUCUCGACUGGAGACGGCUGGCCAUGGUCGUCACGGCCGCUCCGCUCACUUUGCUCAUCGCCGCUUUCUACGUCCCCGAAACGCCCAGUUGCUUGUCGCUGCGCGGACGGGAGGACGAAGCGGCCGAAUCGCUCCAAUGGCUCAGAGGCGAAGAGACGGACGUCCGUCAAGAGUGGAACACGAUCCAGGCCAAUGUUAGGAAACAAAAGGCGCCGUGUUCUUUAUCUUCAGCCCUUUCUUCGACGUCUUCCGGUGCGGCCGCUGCGGCUGCGGCCGUCGCCGCCGUCACAUCCGACGGCCUUCCGUCUCUCAUUAAAACUGGCACGCCAUUGUGGAAGCAAAAGAGGCUUUUGCGUCCCGUGUUGACGACUUGCGGCGUGAUGCUCUUCCACCGCAUGUCCGGCGCGCACGCCUUCAAUUUCUACGCCGUGCCCAUCUUCCGCGCCUCGUUCGCCGGAAUGGACCCCCACGGAGCGGCCGUCAUUGUGGCGUUCGUCCAACUGCUGGCCUCCAUCACUUCCGGCCUCCUGGUGGACACGAUCGGCCGUCUGCCGCUCCUCAUCGCCUCCAACCUGUUCAUGACGCUGGCCCUGGCCGCUUUCGGCACUUUCAUCUACAUGGAAGGCGGCUCGUUGGUGAAUUCCAUCGCAUCCGCCGGCCUUCAAUCGAACGCCAACUCGCAAUUGGACUGGAUCCCGCUGGUCUGCGUCCUGAUCUUCACGGUGGCUUUUUCCAUCGGAGUCGGGCCGAUCGCUUGGCUGCUCAUUAGCGAACUCUAUCCGCUAGAGUACCGCGGAGUCGGCGGGGCCAUCACCAGCGCCUUCUCCUACGCUUGCGCUUUCGUCAGCGUCAAGACGUUCGUCGACCUGGAAUCGGCUUUCGGCCUUCACGGCGCCUUCUGGAUCUACGCCAUCGUCUCACUCCUCGGAUUGGUCUUUGUCCUCGUCUUCGUGCCCGAGACGCGCGGACGCGGCCUCGACGAAAUGACCGAGUCAAUGGCCGAUGCCAACCUCGUUAUCCGUAAGAAUCCUACGUGAUUUCUCUGACGAAUUGUAGAUAGCGUUCUCUUGAAUUUAAAUUUUUGGACUUUCCUUAACUGAAAAAGACAAAAAAAAAAAUUAGAUAAGCAAAAACAAAAGCGUUCGUCCUUUUUGGCUUGAAUUUUUUUUUUUUGGAAAUUCUAACGUGCAAUUUUUUGUUUAAAAAAUCUUGUGUCAUUUGCUCGUUUAUUAUCUACGUAUCGGUGUACACAUUUACAUAAACAUGUCUGAUAGGAUAAAUGGAAAAAAAAAACAAAAAAUGAGUUUCAGGUUUUUAUCGGAAUCGCUUUUGUAUUGGCUUUGGCGGUUCGUUCGUCAUGACUAUAAAUAUAUGAUGAUGAUGAUGAUGUUUUUAUAUUUGUAUUAGUACGCCUGCCAUUUUCUUCCUCUU